CUGCUCCAGGGUGGGCGGGAGGCCUGUGGGCGAGGAGAGCCUCCUGCUAGCUGCCUCUGAACCACCGCACUUGGGCCCCUUCUGUCCCCUCAGCCGCUCACGGAUGGACACCCUAGCAACCGAGGGCCCCACUGCGAUGGAUUGGUGGAGGGACAAUUUCUGGAUCAUCAUAGCUGUGGCCAUCAUCCUUGUCUCCUCGAGCCUGGGCCUCAUCCUGUACUGUGUCUGUAGGCAGUUGCUAGGACAGGGCAAGAAGUGGGAAGUUGCCAAGCCCUGGGUAGAAAAGCAAGGAGACGAAGAGAAGAUGUAUGAGAAUGUUAAUGAAUCGCAGGUUCAGUUACCCCCUCUGCCACCCAGGGGUUUGCUUUUUCCGGAACACACUCUCCCACAGGAAAGCCCAAGUCAGCCGCCAGCUACAUACUCACUGGUCAACAAAGUUAGAAACAAGAAGACAGCGUCCAUCCCCAGCUACAUCGAGCCCCUGGACGAUUACGACGAUGUGGAAAUCCCCGCAAAUACGGAAAAGCAGCGUUUCUGAGACAACCGUCCCUUCUUUCCCGGCAAAUUGAAGAGGGUUCGCACGGCUGUUUAAACCAACAGGGAAUGAACUGCAACAGAUCGCGGGAUCCCACAAGCCAGCGGUAAUGUGGCAGAGCUUUAGAAAAUAAACACCUCCCGAAGCUUAGAGCCAGAAGCAUCAGCAUCCAGGAACAGGGGCCGAGGCUCCGCCCCGGAGACCUAGCUGGGUCAGGCCUGGAACUACUGUCCACGGGUCCCCCCGCCCCUGGGAGGGCCUGGGUCCCGUGGCUCCCCGCCCCCACCCAUGAGAAACACUCCUCCCCUUCUCUUCUCUUGUUUGCUCUAAGUGAUGCUAAAUCUUGGUGUUUGGCUGCCGAGCCUCCAGGCUCCCGUCCCCAGCUUGGCCCCAGGGGUCCCCCCAGCUCUCCCUCCCCCCCCCACAGGGCUGUGGGCGGCCGUUCCAGCUGAGCGCUCGGUGUGUGCAAGUCACCGCAUCACACCUUGCAGGUUCUUCAAGAGUGAGUAGUGCUUUUUGUCCUUGUGAACCGUCCCCGCCUACACACACCCCAAACCCCAGAGCUCUCCAUGACGUUGGCCGGAUGGACCACAGAGAUUCAAAUUCUCACUGACUUUUUCUUGUGCUUCUCGGUGGCGUAUUGUGAUAAUCAACAAGGACAGAGGUUAAUCACCAUCUGGACCAAAGCACACACGUUCCACACAGCAGGGUCAUAUUGCAAUAUGUGUCCUGGGGGAGCCGUAGGAAAAGUAGGCUUCCCUGGGGAAAGUCAUGGGCAAGAGGAAAGAAAGGGACAAUUAAGGGCAGAUUCAAGAGGAGAGUUCCUUGCGUCAUAUUCUGUGCAAACGGCACCGAGAUCGCUGUCCCCGAGCGCAUCUGGGAGGCAGAACUCCAUAGUGUGGAGGUGCCACUGGCGAGAUACAGGGAGGGGGUCGCUGUCCUGCUACAGAAGUGACCUCAUCCCCGAGGCCUGAGUCAGCUUGGAGGCUCUGGAACUUCAUCUGUUCCUUGGCCUUGAUCUGUUGGAGGCCUCGGAUUGGCGCAUCCUAAGCAGACUGGAGAUGCGGAUUGCUAAGCAAUCCCUGGGGAAUCCAGCAAGCGCAGGCUUGCAGGGAGAGCGACGUGAACCUCAGAAAGGCCGGGAGUGACCCUUGGACUGAGCUCCUCCUCAAGAGAUGGACGGUGUGGGUCUGCUGUGUUCAAGCUUCCUCCCUCCAGGACUGCUGAACCAGUGGGGACAGGUGCUUCCUCCAGCUUCUUUCUAGAUUCCUGGCAGACCUCCAGCUUCCUGUGUUACCACUGCCUUAUGGUAGGCCAGACAGUCCUCUAACUGUGGCCUGGCAGAACUCCAGAACCCCGGGAGCCAGAGAGGACUCCCUCCCCAAGUUAUAGGGGAAAAAAAUUAGUAAGCCAAAGGACACAAGUGUUUCGGAAGUAUGCUUCCCUCUUACAAAUUGUCUGUAAAGCCUCCCCAUCUACGACAAAAGUUAGAAGCAAAUACCAGAGAGGUGUUACCUCCUCCUUGGUUUCUAGGAUGGCACCAUCUCCUGCCGGCCCACCCCCCACCCCCACCCCAAGACAACCCUUCAUCACAGGUCCUCCUCAGGCUCUUCCCGGUACCUGCCCUCAUCCCCCUUGAAACACCAGCGAGGGAUCCGUGGGCUCUGUGCCCCUCUAUUCUCAUGGCUCCAGCUGAGCCCAAUCCUCAGUCCCAGACCGGCUGCCCCCAGGACAUGCCCCCAGGACCCCCCAACAGGCCUCUCAAGCUCCACGUACCCCGAAAGGGAUGACGGCCCACCCCCAAUCCCAGACUCCCUGUGCUCUGCUACCUUCUCAGUCCCUGGAGUCAGAAACUGGCACAGUGUGCGGAGUUCUCCUCCUUCCCGGCGGCCCCGCUCUGUGACCGCGCCUCUCUGGCAGCCCCGGGUCGGGCAGCCUCCCGGCCGGUCUCCUACCACUAAUGUCUCACCCUCCGCUCCCCUUUCUAUGCGGCAGCCAGCGCUUUUCUCAAGGGGACAUCUGACUGCUCCAGUCUCCUGAGCCUCAGAAAAACCCCGAAGUCCUUAAUAUGGGUUACGAGAUUUGUCAGGAUCCGGUCCCCAGGUCUCUCCUACAAGCUUCUCCUCCCCAGCCCCUUGCAACUUCCACUCCAGCCAAAUUUUUGCUCCGAUCAUUUGAAAUGACCUGGUCUGGGGUCUCUCUGGCCCCUACGGCUAAGUACAGUGGCCUCCUGUCUGUCUAGAACAUUCUUCCCCACCUUCUCAUCUUUUCCAUCUCUGCUUAGAGCCUUUCCUCACCACCCCACACUUGAAUCUGGUGCCCUACUAGACGCUCUCCUCCCAUAGCAUUAGCACCCUGGGAUGACCUGUUUAUCUGUCUUUCUCCCCCACUAGACUGACGGCAACGUGGGGACAGGGACAGUGUCUUUCCCCCAGUGUUUUCUGUGUUCCUAGCACGGUGCCCAGGAUCUUUGUAGAUACUCAAUAAACGGCAAAUGAGUGAUCAGUUGAACGAAUGAAUGAAUGAAUGAACUUGGCCUUGUAGAAAUACAUCUCUCUCUCUGCCUUAUAAUUGCCUGGUUACUUCUCCAUCCUCUUUCUAAUCUGGGGGCUCCUUUGGGGUGGAACCUGCCUGGCUCACUGCUAUGGUCCCAGUAUCUAACACGAACUCUGGCACACAGUAGGCCCUUAAUAAACAUUUAUUGGAUGUUGCACAUUACUAGAAAACCUACCAACCAGUUCGAGAAAAGCAAAUAAGCAGUUUUUCCCUGAGCAUGUAUGAUUUGGUUGCGAUUUUACACUGGGUACCUGUAAUAAAGCCAUGUUUUUACCAGUUUGGUAAGAAAAGAAAAGAAAAGUUUUUACCAAUUUGGAUGAUAGCAUUAAAUAUAUCAAGAUUUGGCAGGGCCUUUUUGUCUAUUCUAGCCCCCUAGGGACCCCCCAAGUCAGCCGCCAGCUCCAUACUCACAGAUAAAGGUAAAAAUAAGAAGAGUUUCCAUCCCAAGCAUAUGGAGUCUCAAGGUGACCAUGAUGAUGUUGAAAUUCCUACAAAUAUCGAAGACUAUCAUUUUGAAACAAGUCCUGUUCUGUCAUCUGAACUCUUUGGAGAACUGGUGAUUUACUCAUAGUCAGUGGAUUGUAGUUUUCUUUAAAACAGUUAAGUCUGAUCUUUAUGAUACAAAUACAAUUGCUUUCAGGAAAUGC